AAACAUCAUGGCGGACAAUCUAAGGAAUGUGUUAUGUUCACCUGUCACGUUGUUUAUUACAGAAACAUGAAGGAACAAUGUAAAGCUGAUAUUCAAUGUAUAUCUACAAUGAUGACUGACAGAUUAGAUUUUUGACUUGUAACCAAAAUGGCCAACGUUGUUCCACUGAAGUUCACGGCAAAGCUGAUCUGCAUCCAGACACUGCUUGACCUUUCGGGUGAUGGUGACAAAGAGGCCGCCCACCGGAUGCUCCGGCAGCUGCAGACAGGGUGUUAUACAGCUGUGUCAUGUGGUCUGCUUCGACGUCUUGUUGAGAGAUACCCAGGGAAGGUGACAAACAAUGUCCUAUCAGCACUGGCUUCAACACACUUACGGGAAUUAAAACUCAAGAAAUGUAAAUUUGUGUCAUUCACAGGUUUAAAGAAUGUUCUUGAAUCAUGCCCCCUGGUCACUAAGCUUGACCUUUCUGAAUGUGACCAGUUUUCCCAGCCAGAGGUUUUCCAUAUAACAUCAUUCCUACGACCAGGAAUCACAGCUCUGAGUCUGGAGAACUGCCUGACAGUAGAUAAUACUGUAGUACAGAGUAUUCUGUCAUACAUGAAGACCUUACAACACUUAAACCUGGCAGGUUGUACCAAACUGACAGAUAACGUUUUCCUCCUCAACGAAAAUCUCCAACUUCAGCGGGAGACCUUUGGACAGAUGAGCCAGGACCGAUAUGAUUGUUCCCUAAUUAGUGUAGACAUUUCUGGUACCACACUGACCAGCACAGCGGUCAGACACCUUGCCACACUGACCGGACCAACACUCAGACAUGUCAAUAUCUCCUGGACAGGGGCUGAUACUCUUGCAUUGCUGUAUCUCUCGGGUUAUGGCCGCCCCUCCAUUGUUGACCUCACCCUUUCUGAUCCAGACACCGUCCUGGAUCGAUCACUGAAACAAUCUCUACUUGAGUUGAAAAACACACUGAAACAGCUUCAGUUGGGGAUGUUCAAGAAAGAGAGAGCAAGAAAGGGCAUAUAUGGUGACAUUACUGAAAAUAAUGCUACUGACAAUGACUCAUCAUCAUCCAUAGACCCUAACCCAGAGGUCAUAGCCUCACUAUGGCCUAGUAAAAAUCAUACAGAGGUCACAGCCUCAUUACCACCAAGCAAAAGGAAUCCAGAGGAAACAGCCUCAUUACCAUCUAGCAAAGGUCAUACAGAGGUCACAGCCUCAUUACCACCAAGCAAAGGUCAUCCUGAGGAAACAGCCUCCUUACCACCCACCAAAGGUCAUACAGAGGUCACAGCCUCAUUACCACCUAGCAAAGGUCAUCCAGAGGAAACAGCCUCCUUACCAUCCACCAAAGGUCAUACAGAGGUCACAGCCUCAUUACCACCAAGCAAAGGUCAUCCAGAGGAAAUAGCCUCCUUACCAUCAACCAAAGGUAAUACAGAGGUCACAGCCUCAUUCCCACCAAGCAAAGGUCAUCCAGAGGAAACAGCCUCCUUACCAUCAACCAAAGGUCAUACAGAGUCCACAGCCUCAUUACCACCAAGCAAAGGUCUUCCAGAGGAAACAGCCUCCUUACUAUCCACCAAAGGUCAUAUAGAGGUCACAGCCUCAUUACCACCAAGCAAAGGGCAUGAAGAUGUCAUUGUCUCACUUUCAUCCACCACAAAGAGUUAUCCAAAAGUAAAAACAUCUUCCUUAGCUGAGAGAAGUUACCCAGAAAUGAGUGUUAAUCCAACAAAUAUAUUACAACCAAAGGUUUUACAAAACAAUGGCAAAACAGUUAAAUAUACAGAUGAUUUGGAGCCUGUUCAUCUUCUCCGAAAUACUGAGGAUGGAGUUAGCGUUGUUAUUGGGGAAUUGAACCCCAUCAUAAAUUUUAAUGGGGAGAGAUCAGUUGACGAUAGAUUAAAUGUGAAGAGUUUUAUGGAAGUCCUAGAAGAGGCCAGCGACUCGGAGAGUUCUAUGGACUAUUCCUCAGAGGAAGAGGCCAGCGACUCGGAGAGUUCAGUGGACUAUUCCUCAGAGGAAGACGACAGUGACUUGGAAGGUAGUGUGAAAAGUGACAAAAUAUUGUCUGUAACUGAACAAGCACAUGUUGUUGGACAUUUCAACAGUGUAAAGGAACACUCAGUUGAUAGAUCUGGUGUUCAGGCCCUAGCUCCUAAUGUAAAAGCACAUUUGACUGGUGGAUCUGAUGCUGAGGGUCAGAGUUGUGAUGGAACAGUUCAUUUGAUUGGUGGAGCUGAUAUGGAGGAUCUAACAUCUGAUGUGACAGUGGAUGUGACUGAUGAUUCCUACAGUUGGACUGUGGACAAAUGUUGUAAUCACGACAGCAGUAUAGGACCACCAUCCAACACGAACACAUGUGAAAUAUGCUCAAAGUUAAAAUCAAACAUUGCCAAAUGUACUAGUGAAUUAAAUUACAAAACUGAACAUUCUGAAAUGACAAACAAUCUGUCACAAUACUCUAAAACUAAUACUCUGUAUGGAGAUCAUCAACAUAGUCAAGUGUUACAAAACUCUCAAUCUGGUGAAAGUUCCAUAGCUGAAAGUGAAAAUUCACAUAUUUCUCACAACAGUGACAAUUUAGGAAAUCCUGUAAACAGUAAAAACAACUUACUACAAAACACCUAUGAGUUUACUUGUUCUGCAGACUCAGGAAUUCCAGAAGUGAUGUCACAGAAUCGUAGCCUUGAAGUUAAAACAGAAUCUCUGGCUACAGCAUCAGAAAGUUGUUCAGGCUUGGCAACUGUUACAGAUGAAAAUGUGGAAUUUAUAGAAGAUGAUACUGGGAUGAAAUACUCAUUCAACAAAAAUGUGAAAUCAGUAUUAACUUCUGAAACCACUCCAUCUUCAGCUGAAAAAUAUCAGCUUCCACCUUCAAAGGACAUGAUGUCUUGUUAUGACACUGCAGUCUCAAAGAAUGAGAGAAUGGUAGUCAUGACAUCAACACAAGAUGAUUGUAUGACAAAUGAUGAAAAUGUGACCCAAGGUGAAGAUUCUCACAAUAUGACGUGUGACAGUGUCAUAAUUUCAGACGAGACUGGUGUACCGAUGUCACUGUCAUGUCAUGAUCAAAUUGGAUUUUCACAAUACAGAGCUACAGGCUCAGAAACUGGAGUGUCAUGCUCAGAAACUGGAGUGUCAUGCUCAGAAACCGGAGUGUCAUUCUCAGAAACUGGAGUGUCGUGCUCAGAAACUGGAGUGUCGUGCUCAGAAACUGGAGUGUCUUGCUCAGAAACUGGAGUGUCAUGCUCAGAAACUGGAGUGUCAUGUUCAGAAACGGGAGUGUCGUGCUCAGAAACGGGAGUGUCGUGCUCAGAAACGGGAGUUUCGUGCUCAGAAACUGGAGUGUCAUGCUCAGAAAUGGGAGUGUCAUGCUCAGAAACUGGAGUGUCGUGCUCAGAAUCACGAGUGUCAUGCUCCGAAACUGGAAUUACAUGCAUAGAAUCUGGAGUUACAUGCUCAGAAUCUGAGGUAAAAUGUUCAGAAUCUGGUAUGACAUGUGUAGAAUCUGUGGUUAAAAGUUCAGAAUCUUUAUUUAUAUGUUCAGAGUCAGGAAUGAUAUGUUUGGAAUCUGGAUCUAAAAAUUCAGAGUGUGGAUUUAUCUGUUUGGAGUCUGGAGUGACAUGUUCAGGAUCUGGAGAGACAUGUUCAGAAUCAGGAGUCACAUGUUCAGAAUCUGGAGUGACUUGUUCAGAACCUGGAGUGACAUGUUCAGUAUCUGGGGUGACAUGUUCAGAAUCGGGAGUGACAUGUUCAGAAUCUGGAGUGACUUGUUCAGAACCUGGAGUGACAUGUUCAGAAUCUGGUGUGACAUGUUCGGAAUCUGGUGUGACAUGUUCAGAAUCAGGAGUGACUUGUUCAGAACCUGGAGUGACAUGUUCAGAAUCUGGGGUGACAUGUUCAGAAUCUGGAGUGACAUGUUCAGAAUCAGGAGUGACUUGUUCAGAACCUGGAGUGACAUGUUCAGAAUCUGGGGUGACAUGUUCAGAAUCUGGAGUGACAUGCUCAGAAUCUGGAGUGACAUGUUCAGAAUCUGGAGUGACUUGUUCAGAAUCUAGGGUUAAAAGUUCAGGAUCUGGAGUGACAUGUUCAGAAUCUGGAGUGACAUGUUCAGAAUCAGGAGUGACAUGUUCAGAACCUGGAGUUACAUGUUCAGAAUUUGGAGUGACAUGUUCAGAAUCUAGAGUGACAUGUUCAGAAUCUAGAGUGACUUGUUCAGAAUCUGGAGUGACAUGUUCAGAAUCUGGAGUGACAUGUUCAGAAUCGGGAGUGACAUGUUCAGAAUUGGGAGUGACAUGUUCAGAAUCUGGGGUGACUUGUUCAGAAUCUAGGGUUAAAAGUUCAGGAUCUGGAGUGACAUGUUCAGAAUCUGGAGUGACAUGUUCAGAAUCUGGAGUGACAUGUUCAGAAUUAUGGAAUGACUUGUUCAGAAUCUAGGGUUAAAAGUUCAGGAUCUGGAGUGACAUGUUCAGAAUCUGGAGUGACAUGUUCAGAAUCGGGAGCUGUUUAUUCAGACUCAAGUGAUUUUACAGAUGUGCAGUGUGAUCAGUCUU